UUGCGAAAUAAAGUAACAUCAUACGGCGCUGCAAAUUGUAAACGUGGAUGUUCACCUUUUUGUUGAGGAACGUUCGUAUUAUAAGAACAACUUGGAAUCUUGAAUGGGAUUGAGAGACAGGCCUGGAUAGCUUGGCCCUUUUCAGACAUCUGUAGACAAUAGUCACUCAUCCAAUGUACACCGCACAACUACUGUGACUGUUGCAAGAGAGCACUGCCCAUUUCAUUAUUGUACAUGUACAUCAAUUCCAGGAGGUUUGCUUGAAAAUGCCCAUCAAGCCAAAGUUGAAAGGAUGUCAUAUGCGCAGAAAAGACGUUAUCCAUGAAAUGAGAUAGAGCUCGCAAGAUAUUUUAUGAUAUGAUCAAGUAUGUGUGUUAUCCGACCAUGUGUUCGGAACUAAUGGUGAUCCUGGUUGGGUGAAUAUGACAUCAUGAGUGGACGGUAUCCAUGUAAUAGCGACCCUGGACUGGAUCCACGCUAUACAAGGCGCCCUCAAUCUCCUGACCUUGAAGAACUCCGGGCCAUUCAACGUGGCUACAGCUCACCGACCGGUGUUCGUCAUGACAUCCGCCAGCCGUCCGGACCGCCUCCAAUACCGGAAGCCUACUACAGGAACUUUGGGCACAUACCGGCGACGAUCCAAGCUCCCGUCAGGAUGACCUUCACCCAGAACGACGACCAGUGCCAUCCCUCGGCAGAUCCCAUGCCGGUGUUAAGGACCGCAGAUAGGGGCGCGGAUUCGCCCCUUCCCAGCGGAUAUGACUAUCAUUUUGAACCGCCUUUAGAUCCCAAAUAUGAAUGCCCGAUUUGUUUAAUGUGUCUGAAGGAUCCUGUUCAGACAGAGUGUGGACAUCGAUUCUGCUCAGAAUGCAUUAGAACUUGUCUCAGGAAUGCUGGUCGCUGCCCGGUCGAUAAUGUACCACUUACAGAAGCACAGUUGUUUCGAGAUCUGUGUUCGAAGAGAGAGAUACUGGACCUUCAGGCACAAUGCCCUUUCAAGGACUGCCCAGAAAUUGUAGAACUCAGGGAGAUGGAGAAUCAUGUGGAGACAUGUCGGUUUAGAACGGAGCCAUGUCCGAACCAAUGCGGUGCUUCAAUGCGGAGGAAAUCAAUAGAUGAUCAUGUAGAGAAGGAUUGUCCUAGGAGAUUGGUAGAAUGUCAGUACUGUCGAAGCCCACUGUGCUUUAAUCAAACAGAGAGGCAUAAUGCAGAGUGUCCAAAGCGACCGGUCGGCUGCGAGUAUUGUCAUAAGGAGGUGUUAUCCAGUCAUCUUCAAUCUCAUCAUCAGCAUGAAUGCAGCGAGAUUCCUGUACCUUGCCAAUUUGCAUCCUUCGGCUGUGAUAAACGGUUACCCAAAGAACGCAUGGCAUUACACAUUUCUGAAUCCAUGGAAGCCCAUCUUCAGAUCAUGGCCUCGUUUCUUCAGAACCAACAGACACUUGAACGAUCGACUAGCUACCCCGGAACAAGCUGGAGAUCGGGUGCAACGUACGACGGUCGGAGUGAAUUCGCCACAGCGGCGAGUAAGCUCGCGGAUGUUCAUGAACAUGGAGCUAGGAAGCUUGACCCUGAUCAGCUUGGGAGGGCACAAGCUCCGCCUUCCUUUGUGACAUCACCGUCUCCGCUGCCUAGCUUUGGCCCGAUGGCGUCUGGUCCCUUUGAUCCGAUGGAGCAGAUCAGGGCCUUGAGGAACACUGUCAAAGACCUCCAGGAAAAGGAUGUAAGGAUGAGACAAAACUUUAUUGAGCUCGAGAGUAAGGCAGAGCGUAAGGACUUGGAGAUAGCCGCUCUCCGAAGCGAGGUCGAUCGACUGCAGAUCGAGACCAAGGAGCUUCGCGAGCAUGUCGCGAAUGGGAUAUUCGUGUGGAAAUUGUACAAGUACUCGGAACUGCGUCUGUCAGCGGAACGAGGAGAAGCAACGGUCAGACAUAGCGAAGGGUUCUACACGGGUUCUUGCGGAUAUCGCCUUUGUAUACGUGUUAAUAUAAACAAAUCAGAAACAAGGGGAGUUCUGUUUAUAUCGCUCUUUGUGCACUUCAUGCAAGGGAAGUAUGAUGGCUUCUUAGAAUGGCCCUUCAGGGGAUCAAUAACGCUCUCUCUGAUCGACCAAAACGAGGAACCGGAACUGAAAAGGAAGAACAUCACAGAGAGAUUGGUUGCGAAGAGCAACCUGGAUGCGUUUAAGAGACCAAGGACGGCUCGCAAUCAUAAGGGAUUCGGCUACAUGGAGUUCGCUUCUGUUGAGUCUCUCGAAAAGGACGGGUUGUUCAUCAAAGACAAUACAAUUCUGAUCAAAGUUGAGGUUCAUCCGCAGUGUAAUUAGACUUUACAAGAGACCUAGGCCCUGUCUUACCAAGAUUUGCAAUUUAUCUGGAAGAUCCCAAUAAUAGAUAGCCAGUGACCCCAACAAUUAUGUCUGUUUAAAUGUAUUUUCUGAAUACUUGUAUUCAUCAUUGUCUUUAAAACCCAGGUCGGUGUUUCGUAAAGCGGUUUGCAAGAUAUGAGUGACCUUACAACGACUGGUGACCCUUUCUUAGAUCAACAUCGAUGAAAAUUUUGUGCAUAUCAUACACGUAAUAAUAAUAAUAUGUUCCAUUUUAUAGCGCAGCUACUAUAAUUGCAAAUACUCUCAGGGAAUAUUUUUCCUGGUAUCGCAUCACAAUUUGCUCCACAUAAUUUUGUGAUCGCUACACAAAAUUUCAUUUGUGUAGCAAGAUUUGACAUAGAAGUGUUCAGAGCAAAGUUGAAAGCUAAUAAUCACAAAUGCUAAUCAAAUUUGAGAAGUAGAAUUAUUCCCCGACUCUACUGCGCUUGAUACUUGGUAUCAUAUUGUUACACCAGCUGUAGCUGAGCCGCUGUCUAGGCGCUAAAGCAUUCAAGGAAUAAAUCCUACUGGCUACCUAUUUACCUCACCUGGGUUGAGUGCAGCGCAAUGAGAAAGGAUCACCAGUGGUUCGCAGAGUUGCUCGUAAUUUUAACAGCUUUAUGAAUCACCUACCAGAGUGUUCCUCUUUUAUACCUUGUGCCCAUUAUCAAGAUUUGUGCCAUGAUACAAACGUCGUACUUACAGGUAAUCUAGGAGUAAUCACAGUGAUCCUAUCAGGGGCCCGUCUUACAAAGAGUUGCGAUUGAUCCGGUCAAUUGCAACUAUGGAAAGCCAGCAGUGUCCACAU